CUCAAUUGACAUUGUGUGGUUGUCUCAAUUAAUUUGAUUCAGAACUGGCAACAACACAAAGUUUUUGAACUAGACGUGGCAAACGGUGAUCAUGGAAAUCUGAACUGGACUAACUCGAUCAACAGUGAAUUGGACUAAUCCAAAUUCAUUCAAUUCAGACUGUCACGAGUCUCAAGUAUAAACUAUUGAUUUGUGUUCUUUGCUAGAUACAAGUUCAUAUAUUAUCUCCACAAAACUCAUACUCAUGGAAAAAGUUUCAUUCCUUUUGUCCAUUGCACUGUUGAUACACUGUUGUUCUAUGCUUUGUUUGGCUAGGUCUGACAAAAACUUGAAUACAGAUCAAUCUGCUCUUCUUGCCUUUAGAGCCCACAUCACUUCUGACCCUGAAGAUGUUUUGGCCAAAAAUUGGUCUUCCACUACCUCUGUGUGCAAUUGGAUUGGUGUGUCUUGUGGUCUCACCCACCAAAGGGUCACAGCCUUGAACCUUUAUGAUAUGGGACUCAAAGGUACCAUCACACCACAUCUUGGAAAUCUCUCCUUUCUCACAUCACUUGACUUCAGUCGCAACAAUUUCAAGGGCUAUAUUCCCAAAGAGAUUGGCAAACUUUCUAGAUUGAAAGUAUUAAACCUGAGUUUUAACAAGCUCACGGGCUUCAUACCAUCUAGAAUAUUCAACAUUUCUUCUUUGGAAAUGAUUGUUCUUUCAAAUAAUAGCCUAUCUGGAAGCCUGCCGGUAGACAUGUGUAGCCAUCUUCCUGAACUUGAAUUACUCGAUCUGGCUCUGAAUCAGUUUAACGGGCAAAUACCAUCCAAUUUAUACAGAUGCAGGAAACUCCAAGUUCUAUCAUUGUUAUUCAAUGAAUUCAAUGGCAGCAUACCGAGAGAAAUUGGAAAUCUGACUAUGCUCAAGGAGUUGUAUCUUGGGAAAAACAGCUUGGACGGUGUAAUUCCAUCCGAGAUAGGUAAUCUUCCACAUCUCGAAAUAUUGAGCUUCCAAAGUGACUCUCUAACAGGGUCCAUUCCAUCUUCAAUCUUCAACAUUUCUUCUUUGAGGCGUGUUGAUUUUUCAAACAACAGACUGUUUGGAAACCUCCCUGUAAGCAUCAAUAAUGAUUUCCCUGUUCUUGAAGAGCUUUAUCUUUCUAAAAAUCAGCUCAUUGGUCAAUUUCCGUCCAACCUAUGGGAAUGCAGAGGGCUCCGAGUAUUACAAUUGGCGUAUAAUAAAUUCACAGGCAGCAUAUCUAAGAAUAUUGGAAACCUUACUUUGCUCAAAUUUCUAGAUUUGUAUGGUAACAGUUUUACAGGUACAUUGCCAGAACAGAUUGGAAACCUUGAUCUUGAGAGAUUUGAUGUUGGUGAAAACAGCUUAACUGGCCUCAUUCCAUUCAAAAUAUUCAUUGUGUCAACGAUAAAAGUCCUUAGUCUGGGACUUAAUCACUUCUCAGGCCAUCUUCCUUCAGACAUGGGGCUUUGGCUUCCCAGUCUUGAAAAGCUUCAUCUGGGCAAUAAUAAUAAACUCAGUGGAGAAAUCCCAAGCUCUAUCUCCAAUGCCUCUAAGCUUACUCUCCUAAGGUUUGGAGGAAACUCAUUCAGUGGCUCCAUACCAUAUUCCAUUGGUAGUUUAACAUUACUACAAGGGCUCCACAUUGGUGGAUUUUACAAGGGAAUCUUCUACUCCAGAAUUAAGAUUUUUAACUUCCUUGACCAAUUGCAGACAUUUGGAAGUAUUGAGCAUAGCAUUAAAUCAAUUUAA